AACGAAACACAAAAGAAGAAAGCUAAAAACUUUUGUUCAAUUUUCAAUUCAAUUCAAUUCCUUCCGAAUUGGGUUUCCUGCGGGAGCAUUGCAGUAAUGGCGGCACCUCGUAAUUUAACCGGUGACGGCGGCGGAAGAGUUCUUGUGAAGGACGAAGAAAGCGCCGCCGCAUCAUCGUCGGCAGCAGCUAAAGGCUUCCUCAGCGACGACUCAUCGACGGGUAAACGCAGCAAAUCCGAGCGAUUUCCGCUCUCACGGUGGGAAUUCGCCGUUUUCUCCACCGUCUUCCUCGUCUUCACCACUGGACUUUUGUCUAUUUACCUCACCAUGCCCGCCGCUGAAUACGGGAAGCUCAAGCUACCCAGAACUAUCUCCGAUCUCCGAUUGCUCAAAGAUAAUCUUGGGUCAUAUGCAAGUGAGUACCAAGCACGAUUCAUUCUAGGUUACUGUUCUACAUAUAUCUUCAUGCAAACCUUCAUGAUACCUGGAACAAUCUUUAUGUCAUUGCUUGCUGGAGCUCUUUUCGGCGUGGUUAGAGGUUUUGUACUUGUUGUCCUCAAUGCAACAGCCGGUGCGUGUUCUUGUUUCUUCUUAUCGAAAUUGGUCGGGAGGCCGCUGGUUUGCUGGUUGUGGCCUGAGAAGUUGAGGUUUUUCCAAGCCGAGAUUUCGAAGAGAAGAGAUAAGUUGCUUAACUAUAUGCUCUUCUUAAGGAUAACACCAACACUGCCUAACCUCUUCAUUAAUUUGUCAUCCCCAAUCGUUGACAUACCCUUUCACGUCUUCUUUUUAGCAACUUUAGUCGGCCUUAUGCCAGCUUCAUACAUCACCGUAAGAGCUGGUCUGGCUCUUGGAGAUCUCAGAUCAGUGAAAGAUCUGUAUGAUUUCAAGACUUUGUCAGUGUUGUUCCUUAUUGGAUCCAUCUCCAUAUUCCCUGCUCUGCUGAAGAGAAAGAGAGUAUAUGAAUGAAUACUGAAGAAGAUGAAUAUUUAUAGAUAUAUUGAUGAGCAGCACUAUAUACUGUUGCAUGCCGGGAUUUUCAAAGGUGUUUAUGAGCUCGAGCUAAAGAAGAAGAUCGCUUCCGAAACACCACAGAGCUUUAAACCGCUAACUUUGGCUUUGAUUGGUUUAUCGUGGAUUCGAAAUCCUUUCUUUGCAGUCUCUCAUUCCCUUUGUAGUAAUUAAGUGCUUGUCUAGCUAGUUCACUGAGUCUUGAAUCCAAGAUUGGCUUUGUAUAUUGAAUCUUGAUUCGGAAAUAUCUGACUCUGUAGCCAAUAGGCUUUUGUAGCAACAUGAUUA